AUGGACUCCAUUCCCAUUGAUGCGUUUGGUAGACGUACGCAUAAGCUUUCUAAGAGGCAAAAAUCCAACGAGGGUCGAGACUUGACAAGCAACCUACCUGACCACGUUAUUGGCCACAUUCUUUCUUUUCUUCCGACUAAGGAAGCAAUUCAUACCAGUAUUUUGUCAAAGAGGUGGAUAUAUCUCGGGACAUUUAUCACCGGACUAAAUUUUGAUGACAGAGACUUUUAUUAUUCUUCCCACACAAUAAGGAAAAAAAAGUUUGUAGACUUUGUAGAUAGGGCACUACUUUAUUGGAAUAAUGGAGGCUUCCAAAGUGUUUCUCUUGCAUUGUUAGAGACAUACGAUUCUUCUUGUAUUAAGAAGUGGAUAUCUGUGGUUUUAAAUUUGAGAAUCAAAAAGCUUUGUGUCAAUCUGCAGAAUGAAUUCAUAGCUUCCUCUGAUGCCUUUUAUAAAUGCAAGUUCUUAGAGGAAUUGGUGCUGAAUAGGUUUGCCAUCACAGUUUCUUCCUUUGUUUGUCUGUCAUCCCUGACGAUCUUGAAGUUGUCUAGAACUAAAAUUACCUGUGAUUCCUCUAAUGAGUCCGAAACGUUGGCACUUAAUUUCCCAGCUCUCAGAAAGUAUGAGACAUUAGAUUGCACUUGGUCAGGUGUGAAGAGUGUCACUUUACAAGUCCCUCUACUUGAAGUGGUUUCAAUAAAGUAUACUUCUGUCUCUCGUGAUUCACAUGUUGAAAUUAAGUUUUAUGCUUCACAGCUUACAAAAUUUUGUUAUUCUGGUUUUGUAUCGGAUACCAUUUUGUUAGACACAGACAGUUUAGCAUCUGCUGAUAUUAGUCUAUAUAAUAAUGAGAAGAGUGUGCAAGAAAUUGAGAUGUUUGUUUGUAAACUUCUCAGUAUUAAUCCAGAAAGUCUAAAGCUGUGUGUUUGCAUUAAGCAGUUCGUCCUUGCAGGACCGAAACAUCAUUUUACAGAUAUUCCUCCAUUUGGAAUGUUGAGUUAUCUAGAACUAAACUUUGUUGCCUGCGAAUAUUUGUUAAGCAUACUCCUAAAGACACCCUGUCUGAAGACUCUAGUUUUAAAGGUGAUAUAUUUUGAUGGAAUGCUGAUGGAUUUUGCAACUGUGCCUCAUUGUUUGCUACAUACUCUUAAAGUGCUGAAGUUUAAAAAAUCUGUUGGUCAUGUGCGUGGGUUAAGUAUUGCCAAAUAUAUUUUAGAAAAUGGUCAGGUAUUGGAGAGGAUUAAUUUUUGCCUCUGUUCCAAGGAAGCUCAAGAGACGGUACUUUCAUUUAAGAAAAGUUCUAGUUCAGUGAUUUUAGAAUUUUCGUCUGAGCUGUAA